ACUCCAUGACCAUGUUGUCCAGUCUUCUGCUUCUCAGUGCUGCCUUUGCUCUGGGAGAUGCAAAUUCAUUGCUAGAAGAAGACUUGUGUCCUUCCGGUUGGACCAAAUAUGGAUCACGCUGUUUAAUGUUUGUAAACACUACAAGGAGCUGGCCUGAAGCAGAGCGGUACUGUGUGUCCCUUGGUGAUCAACUGGUGUCUGUACCCAACGUUGUGAAGUACCUUGGCGCAAACCUGGCAUCUGUGCACAGCUCCGAGGAGGACCAGUUUCUACAGGCGUUGGUCUUGGUCAAGACUGUUGGUUUCCCUCCUACCUGGAUUGGAGGAUUUUAUUCGGUUAAGGACAGGCGGUGGUUCUGGAGUGAUGGCUCCGACUUUGAUCACCAGAACUGGGCUAAAGGAAGGCCUGGUGCUGGUGCCAGAGAGUCUUGUGUUCAUAUCAACUUUGGAGGUCAACAGCGCUGGGACAAUGCAUUAUGUGAAAGGAGCUUGCCCUCUGUGUGCUCCCUGAGGCUCCUGCCGCUUCGCCAGAGUAUCCAUUAAAAGCAGCAA